AGCAGAAGAAAAGGACUAAAUCGACUAUCAAAACAUUUUAUAACUGCUUCCAUUUCUUCGAUCCAUAAGAUAAUUUGCAAGAGAAAAUUUUAAUAUAAAAAUGUUGAAAGACACACAAUAGGAAGGCAAUAUUCGAAAGCGUGUUUUGUAGUAUCGCGAUGAUAGUGAUAUAUAGCGUGUAGGAGAAAGAGGUGCAGGAACGCAGGAAGAACGCCGUCGCGAUUCGUAGUGUAAACGGACAACGACGAAUUUUAUAUGGAAUUUAAUUAUCGAUGAUCAACGUACGCGAUUAUAAAGCGGAGAAGGGAAGUCGCUUGAUUUUCGAAUACCUAAUUAUCUCUCGAGGAAGUUGAAGGGAUAGACUGAACGCAAUCUGGGCAAGGAUGGUUCGAAAGAUAUUCUGGUUUGUGAAAGUGUUGGUUCGAUGAUAAUUCCAUCGGUGGAUUCGGUGAGAAUUGAUGAAAAGAAAACACGAGAAUGCACCAAAACAGAAGGAAGAAAAAGCGAGUGAAUUACGGCGUAAGGACAGUGGAGGUGUUACGUGGAACGAAAGGAUUCGGUUUCACGAUCUCAGGACAGCAACCUUGUAUUUUGAGUUGCAUUGUGCCAGGAAGUCCAGCAGAAAAUGCUGGAUUACGUGCCGGCGACUAUUUAGUAUCUGUCAAUGGUCACAAUGUCAGCAGACUGCCUCACGACGAUGUUGUGCAAUUAAUUGGUCGUUCUAAGGGUAUUCUGAGACUACAAAUAGCUGAGAACUAUUACUCAGAUUCUUCGGAUGAAGAAGGAGUUGCAACAGUACGUUGCAAGCCCAAGUAUACUCACAAACCACGUACAAGUAACAUGGGAGCAUUGCAAUUACAAUGUAGAGUUGCCAAAGUUGUGCGGGACCUGCAAAGCGGUGCUAUGUUUGAUGCAACAGGAAGACCAUCCACUGUGUCACAAAAUGAAGGAAGUUAUUGCGGAUUGCAUUAUCGUUGGGAUAUGUCUAGUCCUCUUCCACCACCUCCACCACCAGCUGCUCAUAAAAGGGAUUCUGAAAAAAUAGUACAUAGAACGGUUGUGGGCUAUCUUGGAACCAUUGAUAUUCCAAAUCAACUUCAUCCCUCUUGUAUGAUGCAGGUUUUGAGAAAAUGUAUCAAAAGAUUGAAAGCUGAAAAACGAAAUCCCACCACAGUGCUCUUAACUAUACACGUGGCAAACAUAAAGCUCACCAACUCAGAGAAUCGUGUCAUAGCAGAAUAUCCAUCUUAUAGAAUAAUAUUUUGCAAUUCCUUUUCCGAACAAGACAAGCAAUAUUUCGGCAUACUAACUAAAUCUGUGAAAGAUAAAGAAAAUAUCGUUUCGAACUCAUGCCAUGUUUUCACUAUUUAUUAUAAAUUGAUCGACCACGCGGUACAUUCCAGCGCAUGUAAUAUAUUUGGAUUCACAUGCACCAAAACUUCCGAAUUAAACGUGUGCCAAGAGUUUCCUGACAGUUGCAAUGGUCUCAUCGGUGCUAUACAAACUUUGUAUAUAUCGGAUACCGCUGGUACAGAUGCAAGUUCCUAUAACGAAAUGCGGAGGCAUCAAGAUGCUUCAUCUCCGCAGCCCAGUAACAUAAGUACUUCGACGGCUCACUCGAGCAACAGUGAUUCUGGAAUCGGCUUUAAAGACGAUUGCACAAGCCAUUUAGACCAAAAUAUCGUACAAAACGUCUCCCGAAGAAGAUGCUGUCCUGUUUCAGAAUACAGGGAUGCGUGUGAACAUCCGUCGAGAACGUACGGUAACGAGGCCGUCGAUUUUCGAUUAACGGUUCGAGCCGUGUCUAACGCAUGCUGGAACGAAACAAACGAUUCGGACGCGUGUAAAAUAAACGGGGAUUUAUCUCGUGAAAGAGUCGUUUUUAACAAUUUUUGCGAGGGAAUAAAUACGUACAUGGCAACGAUAGAGAAUCACGAGGUGCAUUCCGAUGUACAAAAGGGAACGAGGAGGGGGGACUUGCCCACCUGUCCAUUACCAUCUGCCUCUACAGUUAAGCAGGGGUUGGUUAGUUCGUCCGUUGGUUCUCUCGCGUCCGUUUGCACCACCGCGAUGCUGCACGGUAUAGAGGAUCCAAUCGACACAUCCGAUGAUUCUAUAGUCAGAUCGAAACGGUUACUCCCAUUUACAGUAUUAGUGGAGUCGACAGAAACCGAGACGCGGGACAAAUUUAGCCCAAAAGUCUUUUCCGGUAUCUCCAAGUCUUUAGUGCAUAGUUUCGAGGAUCUUAACGCGAGCAUGGACUAUGCUCGACCACUCUGCCAAACGUAUUCGGAUAAAUCGGAUAACUCACGACCCUGGGGAAGCUUGCAGGAAAUUCGAAACGUUGGAGCCUGCGCGCAAGAUACUUGUCUGCACGGUAGCACAGAAUUAUGCGACAAAAACACCGAUUGCAAGAGCAUCCAUGCAUGGGCCAGUGGUUUCGAGAAAUUGCUGGAGGACCCAAAAGGCCUGCAAACUUUUGCGGAGUUCUUAAAGAAGGAGUUCAGUCAUGAAAACAUCUACUUUUGGGCUGCCUGCGAAAGAUAUAAAGAUACCAAGGAUGUCACAACACGGCGCAAGUUGGCUAAUCAAAUUUAUCAACGCCACUUGUCGAACACUGCAGCUGAACCUGUGAACGUUGACAGUCAUGCUGCCGGUCAAAUAACUCAGGAACUUCUUGGCGAAGCACCCACUAAUCUUUUUCUACAGGCUCAAAAACAGGUUUUCAACCUGAUGAAAUUCGACAGCUAUCCUAGAUUUUUAAGAUCCGAUCUAUACCGUCAUUGUAUAGAAACAGGGAGUUCCGUAAUAAGUGCGGUAGAUUGCGAUCUACAUUUAACGAGUUCGCCUAGCGUGAAGUUAAAAAAGAGCCAUUCAGAUGCUGAGGAUCGGUGUAGAAAGUCUAUUCUUCCAUGGAAUAGAAAAAAUAGGUCCAAAUCGAAAGAUCGUGGAGAGUCUGAAUACAGUAAAACCCCUAGCAGAAGCGAAACCAUAUAUAAGAGUUUCACGACAAUGAAAAGAGAAGCGGAAGGUAAUAACAACGACGACAGUAUUUCUAUAUCUAGUAGCAGAUCUUCGUUAGCGUCAUGGGAUCUGGCCCUCAGGCAAUCGUUUCACAAACAUUCUUUAUCGUCCUACGAAGGACAGUCAAACGAAACGAAAGAAGUUCGCGCCAAAUGUACCGGGUUAUGUCGGGUAAUAUUACCCGAUGGAUCGACUACGGUUGUGCCAACUAGCCAAACGGAGAGUAUUAAAGAUGUGGUUACACGCCUCCUUGAUAAAAGAGCUCUCCGAUACUCUAACUAUGACGUUCUAAUCCUAGCCACAGACGAGACGAUAGAAACGAAAUAUCCAUCAUCGGUACUGGCUGGCCAAGAGGUGGAAGUCGUUCCAACGAAAAUAUUGAAAGUAGAUUUACCUUCGCGGCGUAUGAUAACUGUGAUCGCACACAAAGGGAGAACCCUUAAAGAAGUGCUGAAACCACUUUUAAAUAAAUACGGUUUCAAUUUAGAUACAAUCUCUGUUUGGAGCGAGAAUCACUGUAUUUGCAUGAAUAUGCCAGCUAUCGAUGCUCCCGCCAGGUUGACCUUGAUGAACGUAAAAGACGAAGAUCCGCAAAAAGAAUUACAUACGGUUAAGUAUACGCACGAGGUGCUGCACGGUCAACCCACUUUGGACGAGAUCACUAACAGGGUAUUCGAGGAGCUCUUAGUGGGCAAAGGUGCGAGUAAAUAUCCGUACGAGGGCUCGUGCAAGUCGGACGAUCAACGAUCCGAGGGAUCUUCCAUUCUUCCCAGCAAGUUUUUUCUUCGAGACUCUACGAUGCAUGGAAAAAAGAAGGGGAAGUCCAAGUGUUCGAGCGACAAGGGUAGCGUGAACGAUUACCAGCCCGAAGAAACUGCCAAGUCUCACCCACCUUUGAUAGCGAAGUGGCGGAAUGGGGUAAAGUUGCAAUUACCAGGGAGAUUCGAUGGCGAAGAUUUGUACGAAGGCUUGAAACGAGCUCAAAGAUCCAGAUUGGAAGACCAGAGAGGCACGGAAAUCAAUUUUGAGUUGCCAGAUUUCUUAAAGAACAAGGAAAAUGGUAAGCCGGCGGAUCGCAACAAGGUUCGAAGACCUAGGAUAGUAUCUGCCAAAUGCGAAGCAAACGCCAAGUUUUACGGUUCGGUUAACGAACGACAAAACUGUGACGAUCAGGACACGGUGGCCCCUCCGAGGAAUGGAAACAUCAACGAACGAUUCGUUGUGCCUGCCAGUGGAAACGAAUCUUGGAGUAAGUCUCAAGAGGGCUCGUUUAUUUUAGAUACGGCCAUAAUGAACGGCGAUCGGACCAUUUUGGAAAACGGGUCUCGCUCUAGAACAACCGUUUUGGAUACUUUCGAUAGUCAGUCGUCGUCACCCGUGAAAUCACCGAAGCCUCCUCCGCUUCCGCCUAAACCGAAAAAUCUUGUUACAAACGCAACGAAAACCGGGUAUAUCGUGUCUUCGAAAUCUUUACCAAAGUCUGCUCGCGCCGUCCCUUUGAGUCCGACUGAAUCCAGUCGGAAAAAUAUUUUUUAACAUAUUGGAAGACAGAGAUGGGCAAAAUUUGAUUCGAAUAAUAUUUACUCAAACAAGGUUUUGUUCGUUUAACACGAGCUGUAAUAUUUUUAUCGAAGCAAUAAUGAAUAAACAGAUGUUUAUCUUUAAUAAGAAUACUACCCAUCUCUGUUGGAAGACAUGUAUUUACUCUAACGGUUUGUACAGUUCUCGCAAACCAGUAUUCACUUGGUAUAUCUUUGUAUUAAAAAUAUAUCGUGCAUUGAGAAAUUAGCAAAAAUAUUUUUAUAUCUGCUACGUACACGCACGUAUAUUCAUUUCAAGCAAUAUAAGACAUAAGAAAUUUAAUAAUGCUACGGAUGCUGUGGACUACGAUUUCACAUCUUUUGGCAUCGUUUGACUGGUACUAACUUGGAAACUGAAUUUUCAAAAGUGCCUUCUUCGUAUUAAUUCCAUUCAACGUACUGUCGUGCCGAGAUUCAUACGACGAUCGUCUUAGUCGAUAUAUAUUUAUGAUCUUUUUACAGUACAGCUGUUACUUUCCUGGUUAUACAGGAUAUAUAAGUAUAUUUUAUUGUAAUUUAUAGUCAAUGAAUGUUGUUACACGCAAAAGACGAAAAAAUGUUUGAGAUUUUACGCGAAAUAAAUAAAUUAUAUAAACUUCG